AGAGAGGGGUUGUCCGCCCAAUAUGUCAUUGUUGUGCACGACGAAAAUUUGAGUGGCUUUCUGGCACUCGUUGUGCAGAAAGAUUUUGGGUGCGAUGACCAGAUAUGGUUUAAGUCUCUAUGCAUUGGCAUUUACCCGUGAUACUUAUCCGGCAGCGUUUUUUUUAGGACAUUACAAGGCAUAUCUGGCGAGUUACAUGAGCUUCGCUUGGCGAAUUGACACUCGAAGUCGUUAUUAGCAUGCACCGAGAAGCAGUUUUGGGAGUGCGUGUAAUUGUGAAUUGUCCGUCGCGUCUUUUGUGGACACGAUGGAGGCGGGAGUGCCCCUAGGGGGCCCCCUUCUUGUCGGGUACGCGGUGUCCUCGCGCCCGGGUGGGAGGGGUUGGAGUUCGGUUGCGAGCAGAGAGACGCGGACCGGUUCACUGCUCGCUGUUCCCAGUCUCGCUGCUCCAACAGGAGCCACCGAGCCGGCAUUUGACGCCGCGUGCUGAGACCGCGCGCCGCUACCAACCCAACAGCGGAGUCCUCGUCACCCCCCCACCCCCCGAGCCGGCGACGUCACGGUUGGACACCGGGUUCCGCGGCGCCGGGGUGACGGAGACCCCCACCCCCCGUGUCUGCUUGCUCCCACGCUCGCUCAUUUCCUUGAGUGCGUCAAACCGGAGGAGGGGAGGAAGAGGGGGCCGAUGCGGCGAGCGCCCCCCCGGAGUGACGGUGGUGGUGAUGGCGCGUGGCCCGCCGUGCAGGGCCCCAGCAGGUGAGGCCCCAACAGGCCUCGCCCGGACCGUGGCCCCGCUGGACACCUCGGCCUCUACAGCGUGAGCCCCCCCUCCUCGCCGGCGCUUCAGUCAUGAGGUUCAACAUUUCGGAGCUGCCCCCCACGAGCCGGGAUCGCGAGGAGGGGGCGCGCCACCCGGACCGUCCCGCGGGGGGCGUGACGGCGGCACCGGAGGCGCCACCGCCGCCGCGGCCGUCCUCGUCGCCAUGCGACGAGGAUCUCCGGCCGCCGGCGCUCUACGGCGCGCCGCUCCCUCCGCGCUCCGAGCGUACCCCCCCGCAGGGCAAGGCCAUCGUGGGCAAGCUGCUGCUCACUUACGUGUGCUCCGGCGCCGCUGCCGCCCGCGAGGGCCCGCGCGGCGCGGAGGGCCAACUGGGCCGGUGCCGGACCGACCCGGGGCCCCGCUCGCCGCCGGCGCCGAGCGCCCACGGGGGCGACGACGGGGGCCCGACUGACGGCAUGGCGGGGCCCGCGCCGGGCCGGCGGGCGCCGCUGGGCCACGGGGCGUGCGAAAACGGCGCCGCGUUGGGCCCGUCCGUCCACCGGAGACAGAUCGUCGCCAACAUCACGGAGCAUCUUGCCCUGUGCGGCCCGGACCCUCCCGCCGGCGCGAACCGCGUGCGCGGGACGCAGAGGCCCGACGACGUGCCGAUGGCCACCCCCGCUCCGGCGCCACCUGCCGACGUGGCGCGGGGGCCCAGGAGGACGCUGGAGCCGGCGCCGCGGUUCCCCAAGCGCCUCCGUUCCGCGUCGCCGAGUGGCGCUGGCGCCGAAGGUGAUGGGACGCCCGAGAGCUGGGCCCGGCGAGGGGGGGCAACCCCCGAGGGGGUCCCGGCCCGAACAAACCCCCAGCAGGCGCUCGCCAAAGCGGCGGCGGUGAAGCGCAAGCUGCUCAUGGCGCCGGGGGACGAGGAGCCGGCAGGGGAGGGCGGCCCGGGCUGCCGGUCGCCCCCGACCAAGCGGAGCGUUCCGCCCUGGCUGCCGGGCCUAGCCUCGUGGCACCACCGGUUGCCAACGCCGCCACCGCCCAGCGCCAACGCCCCGGCACAGCACAGCGACGUACAGGUUCCUGCGCGAAGGUGUUUUCCCGAAUGCCCCGAUCGCCCAUCUGCGGUGCUCCGAACCAUGGGGCUGUUUGGCACGUGGCGAGGAGUGGCCCGUGUCGACGGCGGCAGGGAGUCGCCCACACCACUGCCCCUGCCUAAACCCCGUGCCCCCCACCACCUCGGCCUUCUAGGCAGCUUCGAGGAGUCGGCGCUGCAGGGCCGUCUGCCCCCGGCAGGCUACGUGGACGGCUUCACGGUGGAGCUGGGCGCCAGCGGCUCGUUCUGCCCGAGGCACGCGUCGCUGCCUGUGCUCGCCUCCUUCUUCUCCGUGGCGGAGGAUGCGGCGCCCUCGCCGUACCUGGGCGUCGUCGACCUGCGCCCGCUGGGCGUGCGUGGGUACCAGGUGCCGCGCGCCGGCACCAUCCAGAUGACCCUGUUUAACCCAAGCGGCUCGGUGGUGAAGAUGUUUGUGGUGAUCUACGACCUGCGCGACAUGCCACCCGAGCACCACACCUUCCUGCGUCAGCGCACCUUCUCUGUGCCCGUGGGCCGGCGCCCGCCGGGGGGGGCGGCCGCCACCGCCUCGGCCCCCGCGGCGCACGACCCCCUCCCCACCACCACCACAACCAGCAGCAGCAGCAGUAGCACCGCGCACAGAGCCCUGCAUUACCUUAUACACCUCAGGUUCCUGAGCUCGCGCUCGGGGAAGCUGUUCCUGCACUCGGACGUGCGCCUGCUGUUCUCACGCAAGUCGCUGGACGCCGACUCGGGCUCCGUGGAGCUCAAGUCGUUCACCGAGGCCCCCCACGCCCCACGAUUUUCUCCACGGCACUGACGGCAGCACCCCCCCCCCCCUCCCCAACCCGUGGAGCUCGAGAUCGUUGGUAGAAUUCCCGGGGGUCGAUGAUGGUACACGACUAACGGGCCAACUCGGAGCGGCAUUGCAGCCCACCAAGAGAAGAAUGACCCGACCUGGCGUGGAGGGAGGGAGGGAGGGGCGGCUUGAACUAGCUCAAGGGGGCACGGGGUGGGGGGGGGGGUCUCGUAUGCUCCAUGCGCCGGCGCAAGGGGGUGGUUUGACCCCCCCCCCCAUAGAAUUUUGACCCCAGCGUCAGAAUUGUACAAAUACUGUUGAAGCAAUAGGACUUCCCCAUGGAAUAAUUACCUCCCACCCAACCUCCGGGGUUAGAAUACUAUAUAGGGUUCGUUUAGGGUGUUUGUGCAAGGGUUCUUAGAACCCUACUCGAUGUUACGUGCCGAUAUUAAUGCACAAGACUGGGGGAGGUCGUCAUCCAGCAGUGGAUUGAUCGUGGUUGACUAAUGAGGUCACUCGAGACUCGAGGGCAACCUCUCGGGAUGAUUGCAGGCAUGGGAACAGAACAAUGACCCGAGCUGGCUGUGGGGUCGAGGGGUCAGUUACCCACAGCGAAGGGGGGGGAGGGGGUCAACAGAUAGACGGGGGUCACAAUCGAACCCCACUGCGGCACGCGUCGAGCCACGAGAUCGUCCGGAUCGGAGCGCCCAACGCGGACCGUUCGGAACACCCGGCACGGAGCACUCGCACGUGGAGCUUGGAACAUUGGCACAUGGAGCACUGGCACAUGGAGCUUCGGAGUAUGGCACAAGGAGCACUGGCACAUGGAGUUUGGAGCAUAGCACAAGGAGUUUGGAGCGUGACACGCAGAGCACUGGCACACAGAGAGUAGCACGUGGUUGCCUGGUGCUCGGCAGGCAGCGGCCAGCACGUGGAUUGCAACACAACCACCUGGGAACCCGGGCAAAGAUCAGACGCUGUGGGACAUGUGGCACGGAGUGCCUGGUACAGCCCAUUCGGCACUUAGCACAGAUCACCUGGAGUCCAAGAGAGACCGCGUGGAACUGCAUCUCACAAACUCGGAAGUUUUUCCACGAGUGACAAUUCCAUACAGAAGAGGAUGACGGCCGCUUCCGUUUGUAUGGGACCGGCGUGGAUACUUGCGUGCAUGCACAUACGUAUAUGCAUGCACAUACGUAUGUGCAUGUACACGUAUGUGCAUGUACACGUAUGUGCGCACGCACACACGCCGCACGCCCGGCCGGUGGUGUGCCGGUCGUGCGUGCUUUUAAAAAAAUGGGUCGGGUUUCGACUUGAGCACUUAAUCAGCCCUGGGGCUGUUCAAAUGAGUACCAUUAUGUGGUACGUUAACAGCGGUCAACUGUGGAAGGGACAAAUGAGCCCUUGCCAUGAUAAUGUGGAAUUUACAACACUGGCUCAUAGAUGUGGGGAAGGGAGGCGGUGAGCGUCGUGCAGGGUGCGUUGGCACCGGGGGCACAGUGGCACCGGGGGCAGAGUGGCAACGGGGGCAGAGUGGCACUUUUGCAGGGUUUGCCAUCUGCGGCGGAUUGCAUCCACCCGUCAUCCGGGCUGAGCGUGGCUUCGAGCCGAGCCUCUCAACACUUUAUUAUUGGUUCGGGAUGUCGCGCAAAAUGUCUCGCGUCCGGUUUCUUCCAAUAUACUCCGCAACGACGCGAAUCUCUUGUGAUGCCUUCCCCACUUGUGACUCCCGACAGUGGUGGCACAUCUCCCUGUGAACUCGACAAAUUGGUGUUCUAUUCAUGUCUACCAGAGAAAAAUAUAUAAAUACAUUGAAUGUGUUUACGGUUUUUGUUGAUGUUAAUGUAGGGGGGCACUGAUUAAAAAAGCUUGACAUUUCA